AUGUUGGAUGUCAUGAUAUUUCAAGCGGAAAGUAAAAUGAAUUUUUUUUUAACGUGCGUAACGUUUUUUAAAUACCCUUUUGACAUUGAGCGCGCCAAUAACUACGUCAUAAAAACAAACAUGGAAUCAAUUUAUUUUGAGAAGCAAGAAGGUUCCUUGUGCGCUCAACAUUGCCUUAAUGCAUUACUACAGGGACCUUAUUUCACUGCCGUUGAUUUGGCAAUGCACGCACAAAAUUUAGACGAUGAAGAAAGGAUAAGAAUGGCAGAAUCAGGGAUAGAUAGUAUUGAAUAUAGAAAUUUUUUAGAGCAACCUUCUGGAAAUAUGGAUGAUAGCGGUUAUUUUUCCGUUCAAGUUAUCAGCAGUUGUUUAUCCGUUUGGGGUUUGGAAUUAGUUAGAUAUGGUAGUACGGAAAAAAAAGCUCUCGAAGCUAAACAAAAUCCAGAGUUGAUGAAAGCUUAUAUUUGUAAUUAUAAAGAUCAUUGGUUUACAGUAAGAAAAUUAGCUCAUCAAUGGUUUAAUUUAAAUUCAUUAUCAUCAGGUCCGAAAUUAAUAUCGAAUACUUAUUUAGGAAUGUUUUUAGCACAGCUUCAACAAGAAGGUUAUUCAAUAUUUGUAGUUUUGGGAGAUUUUCCACAAUGCGAAGCAGAUUUAGUAUUAAAAGUUAAACCAGUGAGUCAAACAAAUGUAGAUAAUCCAGGACCCUCUACGAAAAAUUCAGGUCAUCAAAUCAAACCUUUCCAAGGUGUCGGUUAUCAAUUGGGAACUAGUAAUCAAGUUAAACCCUACGAUUCGAAUGACGAUUUACAAAGAGCCUUACAGUUGAGCCUUACAGCAGAAGACAAUCAAACGGAAGAUGUCGAAAUGAAAAGAGCCAUAGAACUUAGUCUGAGAGCAACAACUUCGAGUCAUUCUCUUGGUAAUGAGUCAAAUGAAAAACAAAAAACAAAAAAAUAA